AUGAACAAAAAGACUGUGGAUUCUGACACUUCAUCUGAUAAUGUUAACUCAUCUAUUAUUAAAUCCAGUCGUUCAUUAACUGGUAACACAAAAAUGUUCAUUCUUCCUCCAAAUGUAUUACAAAAUAUUUGUAUGAGUGAUUCUAUAGCAAAAGGUGGACAUAUAAUAUCUGCCUUAGAAUUUAUAAAAAAGGAUAAUACCAUAAGUACUAUUACAAUACAAGAAAAUAAAGGUCAUGAGAUUUCUACAUCUAUUGGAAAUACAAAUUCAAGCAUUGUGAUAAAGCCAACUACAGUCAUAAAAGUUAAUAAAAUUCCAACAGAUAAUACAGACAGUGAAAGUUUAAUAAAUGCAACAGAAGUGCCUAAAAUUAAUACAAAUGAAGAGAAGUUAAUGUCUAAAACAAGCCACACAGAACAAGUGAAGAAAGAUCUUCCUAGUAUUAUAGAGAAACAAAAAACUAAUGGGAAAGUAGAUAACUCAGUAGAUAUUUCAAGGAAGCAAAAAACAUUACAAAAAAUAAAAUGUACUAGAAAGAACUUAGAAAAUAAUGAAACUACCUCAAACGAUGUACCAAAGCCUCAAAAAACAAAUAUAAGAUCUGGACAAAGUAGUAGUGAAAAAUAUUUAAAUAGAAAUUUAGAAAAACAAAAGAGGGUAGAAAAUAAAUAUGAAAUUGAAGGAAAUUCACUUGGCAGAUCUAAACGUAUUCGCAAACAAACCAACUUUGAUGAUUAUAUUACAACACAUAAAAAGGAGUCGUUGAAAAAGGAAAUUAUAAAUCUAGAUAUAAAAAGAAAAAGUACUCGUAAUAAAGAUAAAAAAAAAGCAAUAAUUUCUAAUCCUUCUUUAUCAGAUACAACUAAACCAAACAAUAUUUUUAAUCAUGUAAAAGGUACAAAAGAAGAGCUUGAAGAUAAAAAUAAUGAAAGAACUAUAACUACACUUGAUUCACAUACAACUUCUACUUCUAUCACACCAGCUGUAACAAAAAAAUCACUGCCUUUGAAUUCCAGUGACAUUUCUGGAAAUCAUUCUAGUAUUAAAAAGAAUGAAAGAAAAAUCUAUACAGAACACAUGCAAAAUUGUAAAAAUAUUAAAAAUUUAACAGAUAUGGUAGAACAAAAUGAUAAAAGUGGUAACAAAGUACACAUAGGAUCAAUGAAUACCUCUGUACUUGAAUGUGCUCCUGUAAAAGAAACUGAUGUAGAAACAACUUUAAGAUUAGAAGGAGCAGAUAAUUUAAACAGUAAUUUAAAUGAUAACAAUAUAAGCAUCAAUGAAAAUAGGAUUAAUUUAACACCUAUAACAUUAACUACUCCAUUAAACCAAGAAAGUUCAAACACAACUCCAAUAAAUCAAAGUAAUAAUGAUCAAACUUCAACAAAUACACCAGUGAUUAGAAAAAGGGGAAGACCUAGAAAAAUAGUGUCUACUUUGGAACAAACUCCAGACAUUUCAGAGAAAUCAGAAGAAAAUUUAGAUGCUUCACAAAAAAUGAAUGAUGUUUCCAUUGCAGAAACAGUUGUUCAUAGUAAGAGACACAAUGAAAAAUCGUACAAUAUUAGUAAUAAUGAUGGCUUAAGUGAUGAUAGUAGUACUGAGGGUAACAUUCCAAAUUCAAUUAUUGUUAGAAAAAGAGGUAGACCACCGAGUACAUCUGCAGGCAAACCUACAGGGAGAGGAAGAGGUAGGAGAGGUAGAGGUAGAAGGAGAGGUAGAGGUAGAGGUAGAGGUACAGGCAGAGGAUCAUCCUAUUCUACAUUAGACAUUGAUUAUAUACCAAAAUUGAAGGGACCAAUAAUUGCAGGCAAAACAAAAGAGAAAAAUUCAGAUGAAACUAUAGCUAACACAGAGGAAGUAGAUUUAAUAACUUGUGCCAAAUGUGAAAUAAAAAUGGCAGAAAAGCAAUGGAGGUCACACAAUCUGUUUAAACAUAAUGAUAUGAGUUGGAGAGAAGGUGAUGAACCUAUGGAUUUUGAAAAUGAUAUUAAAUUAUGGAGAAAAGUAUUGAUGAAUGCUAUUAAAAAGAGAAGAGGUAAAUUAUCCUGUGAAAAAUGUGAAACUGUAAAACAUAGUGCAAAUGGCUUCAUAUCUCACAUGCAGUUUUGUGGAAAAUCUGAUGAAGAAAAACAAGCUUUGUUGGUAAAUUGUCCUAUUUGUGGUGCUGUUAUGAUGCCAUCCUCUAUGGAAAUACAUGAAAGAAGUCACAGGCAAUCAGAAGAGAGCAAACUGAAAGAACUACAAUAUUUUAGUGGUGAAACUGAAAAAGUGAAACGUAAAGCUGCAGAAAAAGCAAUGGAGAAAAUUUUAGAAUUUACAGAGAGUCUUGUUGAAGAUAGCAGUUUACCUCCUGAAAAGAAAAGAAAAUUGGAACCUUCUUUACUGAAAAGUGUAAUCAGAACACCUGAACAAAACAAAAGUAUACCAGCUGUGUGGAAAGGUAUAUGGAAAAAAGAAUUAGCUUCACAAGGAACAGCAAAAUGUCGCAAGGCAGCUUGUACUUAUACAUGUACUACUUUAGAAGAUAUGUGUAAACAUUCUUCUAAAUGUAACUUUAUUCCUCAUGAGGUACAAUAUGUUAUAAUAAUAUAAACAUUAAUCAUAUAUCCCUCUAAUGAAGAAAUAAUAAAGCAUGUAGAAGAUGAACAUGUAACAGUAGAAGGAAUUGACAAAAAUGCAGAUUUUGAAGAAGAAUAUUCUAGCUCAGAAGAAAGAACAUCUUACAGAAUGAAUUUUCUCAACAAGGAGCAACAUUAUAAAAUUCGGUGGUCAGAACCAUACCUCCCUACUGUGCGGUGGACUAUGGAAUUUGAACGGAAAAAUUAUAAAUUUAAUUUGUUUAAUGAUUAUUUGCCAAAUCAUUUUACAUUGUUAAAUAAUACUGAUGUCAUCAAAUAUUUGCCAGAAUUAGAAGUUUCCGUUUGUACAAAGCAGGAAAGUUCUUCUGAAAACACGUAUGAUACAGAAAUUCCAUGGAAGCAAUGGAAACGUUUUGAAGGAGGUUUUGAUGAAGGUACUUCCAUUUUUUUUACUGGUGGCCCAGUGUGGGCAUUAGCUUGGUUACCUAUUCCAUCACCAAUGUACUCUAAAGAACCUUAUCAAUAUGUUGCAAUUAGUACUCAUCCAACAAUGGAAAGUGAAUAUACUGUAGGAAAGUCAUAUUCUGGGCAUAAUAUGAUACAAAUUUGGAAUGUAGGACCUUUAAGUUAUGAGACUGAUAGCAAAAGAGAAUGUCCUGCUUUAUCAUAUGCAAUUGCACAUAAUACUGGUACUAUAUGGUGUUUAGAAUGGUGUCCAUCUGGAUGUUAUCAAGAUGAAAGUCUGAACAAUUAUAAGGAAGAAAACGAAACAGAGUCUAGUCUUAAGCGAAUGGGUAUGCUUGCAGCAGCUUGUUCAGAUGGAAAUGUACAUAUUUAUUCAUUACCUUUUCCAGAGGAACUUAAAUUUAAGAAAACUAUAGACAAUGAGUGGCCUAUAUAUUGUACUGAUCCGAUAAUAACAUUAGUCGUAAAUCUUGCUAUGUAUGAUAACAAUGAUCAAAAUUGGCAGUGUACCAAACUAUCAUGGACAAAGGAACAGGAACAUAAUACAAUUGCUGCGGGAUUUUCAAAUGGUUAUAUAGCUUUAUGGGAUCUUACAUAUAAAUCACCAUUAUCAAUACAGAAAAGACAAAAUACAUACUUUAUAAAUGCAUUUCAGCAUUUUUAUGCUCAUGGUAAUGCUGUAAGUAUGGUAGCAUUAGUUCCAUAUAACGGAAAAAGAUUUCUAGCUUCGGGCAGUUUAGAUAGAUUGUAUAAAUUUUGGAAUUUAGAUGAUACAAAUACUCCUCAAACUUCCUCGCAAAAGGGUAUUAUAUUAGAUGGUGCAUGGAUGACACAUUGGCCCUGUGCUGUUAUUUGUUUUGAUGAUGGUCUAAAGUACAAGCACACAAACACCUAUUUACUUUCAUUACGAGACCACGAAUUUAAAUAUUAUCCUAUUUUAGGAACAAAUUCUCCUGCAUAUACUUUAGCAGUUUCUGAUUACGCAAAUAGUAUCGCUCACGGUACAUUAGCAGGAGAAAUAAUAUCAAUUUUUGCUCACGAACUUGUACAUAGUAGAGAUAUCGAGAAAGCUGUAAAAAAAAAGAGGAAGUUAAGUUCAUUUAUCAAAAUAGUGGACUUUUAUGAAACAAAAGUCGAUAGCAAAGAUGAUAAAAAGGACAAAGAAAAUUCUAAUGACUACAAGUACAUGCCAGAAACUUAUAAUCAGUGCCAGGAUCGAUUCGGUAUUAUUUUUUGUGAUAAUUUAAAAGACAUAGAACGACAUGUGCAACAGCCAAAUCCAUAUCCAGAGAAGCUAACCACAGUUCCAAUUGAAGAAUAUCCAUUUAUGUCAGUAAACAGGAUAUCAUGGAAUCCAAAUGCAUGGAGUUAUUUAUGGAUGGUAGCUGGUUAUCAAAAUGGUUUGGUAAGACUGUUAAAUUUCAAAUACAAGUCUAUGUCGCGUGAAUUAAAAGCAUUAUUGCCUCACCAUGUUAAAUCUUUGCUUAAUAAAGCAAACAUUACAACAAAAAAUGUUAAUACAAAAAAGGCGUCAUAA